AUGGUUAAUAACAUCAUGGAGCGGCGUCCUGAUAGCUUUUGGUCAUGCCUGGUUUGUGCAGCAUCCGUAUUAUCUAUUCUGAUCGCAACUGGCGGUCCAUACGCCUUUGGAUUGCUUCUUCCUCCUUUAAUGGACGAAUUCAAUGCAACCAGACAAGAAACAGGUAAGUGGAACUGUGUUAGUUUUUCCGGAUGUCGAUACAUAUCUACAACGACAGACGCGUUUAAAGAGGCCCUGCGCCUGAGAAACGACCGAUGAUUUCUGGCUAAAAAUUAAAAUCGGCAGAUUUUUAUCUUCCAAGUAGAGGUUACCUAUUACUAUUUAAAAUGAAUUUCUUUUGCUUCAGUUUCGCUUUAAACUAAAAAUAUAGCGCCGUGAACUUGUUACGUAACAAGUACGUACUUGGUAAAUGUCACUUUAAACCUUGCUAGGCGCUCAAAUACCAUCCUAAAUAGAAGGAUGUGGUAUUAAAAGAGAAAGGAAGAUGAAAAAUUGGUAGGAAAAGAAAAUAAUUUACAUCUACCAUCUGCUGAGUUGAGUUGAAUCUUGGAAAUGUUAUCGCGUGACAGCACUCAUUUCUCCAAACUACGGCGGAAUCCAAGCAACUGCGUAGAAUAUAAGUAAAAAAACAACUCUUCCGCCGCCAGAAAUCCUGAAGUGAAACAGUUUUAUAUUAUUGCCAUGAAUGAUGAUGAAUUCAGGUGAAAAUUAACCUCAGAUAGUGUCCAUUUAGUACUUUGGUGGGCUGCAUGUAUUUCGUUACAUUCCAAUGGACGUUGCGGGUCAGCGCUUACAGGGGUCAGCGGACGUAAAAAUAGAAACAACCAGGUAAUCAUGGCGGAUGCCAUGCCUGUACUUAGUCAAAAGAGGGUCUCCUGGACUGCGGAUCCUCACGUGGUCGCACGGAGACAAUGUUUCUGUAUGAAUGUCGAGAUGAUGUAACUACACAUCAGAAAAUUGUUUUUUGUCGCGUGCAAACCUGAAAGAAUGUGAGAUCAUCCCGCAAAGGGCUUGCCUCGACCGUUUGUCUCAUGAAGAAGUGAAAACAUUACGUACGCGUGUUUGUGCUCGCCAUCACUAAGGUAUAUAUCGACACAGAUAUAUCAAACAACUGAAACACCUCCUUAGCCAUGGCAGGGUUGAACACGUCACGACUUUUGACGCUGGUAGGUGGUCCUUUGUGCCCUGGAUAAUGCUCCAGUACUUGCCCAUACCAUAGCGAAAUGGUAUGGGCAAGUAUAAUUUCAGCAUAAUCAUCGCUGAAAUUUUGUUUUCCUUGUCGACGUUUAGGAUAUAUAUUUGCAAAUUUGCAAAUUGUCGGAUGUGAAUGGCAGAAAGUUUGUUGCCGGUCUUUUCCCUUGUUCCCAGCUGCGACUCUUUUCGUCAAGUGCUUGUUACAUUUACUACAGGGUAUCCUGUAGUUCUGGGUAUCACGAUUCGGGGUGGGAGUAAUUUUUCGUACAAAAUGACUUUUUUCUUCCAUUACGAGGAGAUUUCGAAUUUCAACGACUACGUAAUAUCAGUUUUUCAGCUACCUUACAAUAAUGCUUCUAAGACUUCUUCCUGUAAUAUCCAAACACUAUCCAGCAAACAGACAAUGAUAAUACUGAAACUUAUCAGGCAGAAGUUAUCUUGAUCUUACAUCAAAUUCUCAUAACUUAUUUACCUGUAAAUGUGUAGCAACUAGAAGGGAGAAUUAACAAUCAGAUCUUGGGUAUUUAAGUGUUAAAGGAAGAGAAUAGAAAUACUUCCUGUCAGCGACUGAUCUCAACAAUGCUAGUCCUUUACACACAUUAAAGUUUCUGUCAGUGAUAAACAUUCUGUGAAUUGAUAUUCCCAUUCUUAACACUCAGAGACCUUCUGACACAAAGGUUUGCUAUACUAGUUCUUAUUGCAUUGUGUUAACCAAUGUUAUGAUGAUAUAAUUUUGAGAUGUAAAGAAGAUACUUAAAAGAUUGAGAAAUAUAUCCAAAUCAAGACAUUUUUUUUUCUACUGUUACAGUUACCAUAAGAUUUGUUUGAAAGAGAAUCUUUCAAACUAUCGAAUUGUAUGAGAAAUUAUUUUUUUAAGACUUCUAUCAAACUUUUUAUUAUGAGGACAAUUUUGUGAAUAAUAAAAUUUAGUGUCAUAGGUCAUCUUUGUGUCGAGAACUCUUUUAGUUGGUGAAACUCACUUUUUCUUUUUUUCAAUUUGAAACAUCAAAUUAAUUGAUGCAUAAAACACACAAAAUAUUUUUUGAGAGUUUCAUGUGGUAUCCGUAUUGGAUUACUAUGCUAUCAUAAAAAACCAAAAACAACAACUACUGAAAACUACUUUUGUCACAAUUACUACCAAAUUUGUGUCAGUUUCCUGGGUCUGCCAGUGUCUUGGUUAUUCUAUUAAAAGCAAUUACUUUCCGAGAUUUUCUCUGAUAGAAAAAAAACUCUAUUGAACUUAAAACAAUUCAGGUACCUAAUAGAAAAUUUGUACUAAUUUUGCAACAAUAGUUACCCUCAUCCAUAAUUCACAGAGAAUAAGAUAAGUAUAGAACGAUAAAUACUUAGCAAAAAUACAUGCCUCCGUGCAUAAACUUGAAGAAGUGAAAGCUCGUAGGCAAACCAUUAGGGCCAUAAAAUGUAUUUGAAUAACCAAAAGCGGCACACUGCUUUCCUUUCUUUUCGGGAGGAAAAUUAGCUUUAUCGAGAUUUCGGCUAGGAUCAUCCAUUUCCCUUAAAAAUCGAAUAAUUUUACUUCCCACUAACGAAUUUCACCAAAAGCGCUCACAGAGAUUUAACACAAGUCAACCCCAGCCUCGUUCUCACGUGUGCGCGGUUGCAUGUCCAAUUUGGCGCUGGGAACUGUGAAAAGGUCUGUUCGACGCUACUCAAGUCAUCCUCAGUUGAAGAUAAUCGGGUUACAAUUUGAAUACGUUCUCGAAUUGCACUAUACUUGUAUGAAUUCGUGAACUAUGUGAAUAAAAUAUAUAUAUUAGGCAUCAUAGGAAGGCAACAGAAGGAUUUUGAGGUAAUCAAGAAAAAAGAGCUUGAAACAUGCAAAGCUUUGUCCGACACAUGGUGCUUAAAUGUUUCGCGUGGAAAAUCCCAUUCCACAGCAGGGUGUACGUGAGAACCUUGCAUCGGACAAGGUUUCACACGUCCACAAGCACUGGCAAUCCAAUUCAGUCAUCUAAACCUUGUCAAGACUUAUGCUCUGCAGAAUCAUCUUUCGCGAUUUUGGAUUCUGCCAUCUAAAUUUUGGAAUAAAGAUGAAUGAGGCCGUGAAUAUUAAAUGGAAGAAUUCGACUUAAUACCAACACCAGAAACAAUUAGAUUCAUCUCUCUAUUUUAACUUAAUUUAUUUUUUUUAUCAUAUUUAUCAUUAACAUUUAACUUAUGUUUUUUUUAUUAGUAUAUAUUGUAUAAGCUUUUUCUGGGUUACUUCAAAAUACCAAUAUUGCCUUUCUGAGCUUCUGCUAUAUUUUUUUCAAAUAAUUCACGUAAUCUAACGUCGUAAUUAAAAAACGUUUUGUUCAGUUAAAUUCAAAUUGGAACACGAGCGACUGCAUCUGAAAAUGAGAUGAGUAAAGUCGAAACAUGAGUAACAAACUUAAAACUAUUUUUUAUGGGACUAAAUAUAUAUAACUAUCUGCUCAACAUUGACCAUUUUUCAAAGGUUUGGAUGUAUUUAAGAGUAAACUACACUGUAGUAAAAGUCAUCCGCCUGUUUCCACAGGUUUAAAGUUUUUUUCGAAAAUUGUAAUUUAUACAAUUAUGGUAUCAUUUUUCGAAUUCAGGGCGACAAAAAAAGUUUUGUUAAAAUUCGAAGUCACCUUGGCUUAAAUCAUUCAACAUUUUUCAUCACCUUAUCAUAUGGCGAAACCACAAAAAAAAGGUAAUAAGUAAACAAGCUGAGUCACGUACAGACUAAAUUGAUAUUACCUCGUUCGAUAUCAGUUUCAUUUAGACAUAAUCCGAGUUUUUAUGAAGACGUGUCAGUCCCCCUAUCCCCACCCCACUCUGCAGCCCAUGUCCCUGUGUAAUUUAAAAGUGUUUUUACUUUUUUUCUAGCAUGGGUUGGAUCCUUGAACACGGCUUGUGGCUACAUUCUUAACCCAUUCAGCGUCCAUGUUACGGAUCGUUUCGGCUUCCGGGCUACCGCCAUUCUGGGAUCUGUGUCGAGCUUAAUAGGCGUAGGCCUGGCUUCAUUCUCUGCUCAGCUAUGGAUGAUGUACCCGACUUAUGGCUUCCUGACGGGGUUCGGAAACACAACGAUCUAUAGUACAUCGAUGCUGGUCGUUUUAAAGUAUUUUGUGAAAUGGCGUUCUGUGGCGGUCGGACUUGUCGCAUCGGCAACAUCGGUUGCUGUGUUUGCCAUGACACAAUUUGUUCAAGCACUACUAAGUACCUUUGGCUGGCGAUGGGCCAUGCGAGGAAUAGCGAGUCUGUUUUUGAUGUGCGGUUUGUGUUCAGCUUUAUAUCUACCGGUCAACAAGGCGAAGGAGAGUGAUGAACAAACUUUGGAUAGAAUUCGAACAGACAAGAAGGAGGAGAAUGAACCACAUGUACUGAAGAACCGCCGAUUUUUGGUAUUUUGCUCUGCAAAUACAAUUGUCAUGUUUGCAUACUACAUUCCAGUUGUACACAUCGUAAGUUGUCUUUUCUUAUUUCCACAUCGUAAUUUUCUCCCUUAAACAUAAAUCAUCUUCUUCUCCUCUUUCUGAGGGUAAGUCUUUUGGGGGUCAUUUGGGGUGGGAAUGUUUACAGCUUUUAAACUCUGGAAUGGAUUAUCGUUGUGAGCUAUGAAAAUCUGGAAUUUGUUCUUAUAUCAAGGGUUAUCGCUGUGAGCGACAAAAGUCUGUGAAUGACCGCUGUACGUAUGUGGAGCUCAACGGGGUGAUGCCUUCUAGGCUAACGGUUAAAAUUUUGGUCAUUUUACGGCUAACACUUUUUUCUGUUGUCAACAAACCUUUUUUUAACUGUUAACUUUUUUUUACGACUAACGGUUAAAACUUGUCAAUUUUUACGCCUAACGGCAAAAGUUUUAAGCCGUUUUACCUUUAAUGGUUAACACAAUUGAGACCCUCCUGUAUGUGUCGUGUGAAGUGUUACCAUAUGGUAAAUGUUCGCCAAAAAAGAAACGCGAAGACAAGAAUCAAGUGGCUAUGACGCGACAUUUGAAAUAAUCUCAGUGACGUGAUGGUCAUACUCAAUAAUAAGUAGAAGUGUAGCUAAAAUUAUUUGGUGUUUGCCUUGGAUUUUCAAACAGUGGUUUUUAGCGUUUCACGUUGGAUUCUAGGAUUAAACCGUUUUCCACGCUCUCAAGUCAGUCAGACUAACAAACUUUCUCGAUGAAUUUUAAGAGCCGGAAGUCUUGGCGAUGUAACGGAUUCUGCUUAUUAGGUCAAGUCUAAAAAUUACCGUUACGUCACGCUUGAUUUGCAAGAUUUCCUUUAAAUGAUCGUGUAUCGUUAGAGUGGUCCAGAGAGGAAAUUCGUCAUUUUUCCACAAAGCGAGAAUGGUGACCUGUCAAAUAGUGAAGAGCAUUGUCAGUAAGAACUUCCAACCAGUUCUUCUAAGCGGAGUAAAUGACUUAAUAUAACUCAACCUUUGAACUAAUAAUUAAUUAUAAUUAAUUAUAUCAAUUAAUAUUUGCAGAUCAAACAUUGUAAGCAAGAACUUCAGAUUCCUGAACAUAAAUCCUACAUACUCUUCACUUACCUCGCUGGAGCGUCUGUUAUCAGCCGCCUCGCGUUCUGCACGUUGGGAGACUUUCAAUGCGUCAGCCGUUUCUUUCUUUAUCAAGUGUCCGUGGUCAUAUAUGGGAUAUGUGUGUUAUUAUUACCAUUUGUAAAAACGUUUAACUCUUUGGUGAUAAUAUUUGUUGUCUUUGGACUUAUGGACGGCGGUGCACUGGGUCAGUUUUCCCUCCUUGUUUUAGGCUGUGUCGGUCAAAGAAAAGUGAAUCAAGGCUGGGGCUACGCCAUGUUUAGUGUAGGUUUUGGAGUCGGCACUGGACCUCCACUCGCAGGUAAAAAUCAUUUUACAAUAAGUCCUAACGUAAGUGAUCAUGUGAUACUAUAUAGGUCGUUGCAUGUGCCAUUAUGGGCUAAAUUAAAUAAUUAGGAGCUAGAAGAGUUCCCGAAGGUUAUCAUGGGUAUGCAAUCCGAGACUCAGUGAAAGAUUUGCAUUUGGCGCCGGUAAAAAUUUUUAUCACCUUUUUUUCUGGGGGAGGGGGGGGAGCGGGAAGCAGGCAUAUUUUUUAUUGUAACAAUGAAACUUAUUUAUUAUAUUGGUACCUCGGGUUACAUUGAUUAACAUUUGUGCAUAGCGACCACUACUAAGAAGUCCGAAAGGAACUGGAACGGGUGAAAAUGAAGAGGAACGAAACAAAUUCAUUCUUUAACAAUCAGGAUCAAAACAGAAAACCAAUGGCGACUUGAUCACUCGUGUUUUCCCGCGCUUUUUUACCCGCUCUUCAGACAGUUUGUUUGUUUUUACUUCGGGUUCUCAUUGGCUCAGGGAGAUAUUUGCCUUGCUAUGAUUGGCUGUUGUGUUUGCUUUGGUUUUGGUUUUGUGACACUCAAUGUCACUAACAUGACGAUGUAAUUUCACACGAUGUGAUCUCGCUUUCUUAACUUGCUUUGAUGCUGAAUCCUUACUUUGCUAUUUACGUCAUUUGUGAAACAGGUUUUAUGGCGGACGAGAGUGGUUCCUACACAGUAGCCUUUUAUUUAUCAGGAGUCGUGCUUAUAGCUGGAGCUGCUAUCACACUGCUGAUGAAGUUUGUAAAGCAACCAGACGUAACCGAAGGCCCUGAAGAAGUCAAAGCCCAAGAAAUGGGAAUUCUGAUUGUAGAGAAAGUCACCGUUCUUUAAUUGAGUUCGGAGAGAAGAAAAUUUCCAGGUCAAUUUACAAAAAUUUCACAAAAUAAUACUCCUCACCGUAUUAUUGCAAUUUCAUAUCUUCCUGUAUUUAUCUCGUAUCCUCAGAAACUAGUUUGUUUUCCGAUUGUGAAAGAAAAAUGGCUUUUAAUAUAUGUCAGUUUAAAUGGUGGCCCACAGUACAAGGAGGAGUUCGAAUUCUGAGGCAAAUCAACCACCAGAAGGAUGUGGUUAUUACUACGUUGUCAGGCAGAACAGUGCAAAAGAAGCAAAACAACAACAACGACAAAAAAAGUUCUGUCAAUACCUGUAUGAGUUUAAGACCAUUUAUUUGGAAUUGGUUAACAGGAAAAGAAGCAUUCAAAUGUAUAUCUGUGAUUGUUAAAACGCAC